AUGGCCCACAGGUGGUUCCUUCUGGUGCUUGUGCUGCUCAGCCGUCAAAACAGCUUGACAUCAUCUAAGCUAACAAGUGAAACCGAAAUAGACGAGGAUGAAGGAAAAGACCGGGACAUUUUGGACAUCAACGAAGAGGCAGGUCUGGACCUGGUGGAGGGUGAUAUCGUGAUGGAUGAGGCAGACAGCCGGAACACCAUCAUAGGAGAAAAAUAUCGCUGGCCUACCACAAUACCUUACUACUUGGAGGACAGUCUGGAUAUAAAUGCCAAGGGGGUGAUACUCAAGGCUUUUGAGCAGUAUGGACUGAAGACCUGCAUUCAUUUUACCCCUUGGAAGAGAGAGGAGAACUACAUAUCUGUCUUUAAAGGGAGCGGGUGUUUUUCGUCUGUGGGGAACAGGCGUGUGGGGAAACAGAGGUUGUCCAUAGGGCACAACUGUGAUCGUCGGGCGACAGUGGAGCAUGAAUUCCUGCACGCCCUGGGUCUGUGGCACGAGCAGUCCAGAGCAGACCGAGAUGACUACGUGGACAUCAUUUGGGACCGCAUAGAAGCAGGCAAAGAGCAUAACUUCAACACGUACGAUGACACAGAGUCGAGUGCCCUGAACGUCCCCUAUGACUACGGCUCAGUGAUGCACUACAGCAAGACAGCGUUCAACGUCGGCAAGGAGCCCACCAUCGUCACCAAGAUACCCCACUUCAUGGACGUGAUAGGCCAACGGAUGGAGUUCAGCGACAGUGACCUUCGCAAGCUCAACAGGCUGUACAACUGCACCGCAUCAUCUACGUACUUGGACUCCUGCAGCUUUGAGAAGGAGAACAUCUGUGGGAUGAUUCAGGGCCCCGAGGGGAACAGACCUUGGGAACGCAGAAACCACGUUGAUGGGGGGCCCCAAACUGAUUACACUGAGAUGGGAGACUGCAAGGGAAAAGGCUUCUUCAUGCACUUCAGCACAGUCGCUGGUAACCCCGGCGACCACGCCCACCUCUCAGUGUCUCAGUGUCUGCAGUUCUACCUCCACAACAGCGGUGGCGCCGACGACGCUCUGAAGGUGUGGGUGCGCGAGUACGACCAGGCCAACCCCAGAGGGAAACUCAGACUUGUUCAAAGAGUACCAGACGUGUCCAGACUGGUGGAGACUCACCCCUUCCCUCCUUCGGCAGUUGCCUGUGGUAACGGUUACCAAGAAAAAAGAGCAGCUCAAGUGUCACCCCAGGAGUCCACUAGGAGCACCACAGCUGUGAUGGCCGUGUCGCUGUCUAUGGCGGCGGCCAUGUUGGUGGUUGCCACGGCGAGCGUGGUGUAUGCCCGGAGGUCCAGGUGGAGGCAGGAGGACAGAGAGGUGGUGCUGGAGAACAUUAAGGAGCAGAAGUGACGUCUCCCUUCAUCUCCACUCUGGAAACCCUGAUCAUCAAUGGAAGAUGAGCAACAACCUAAAGACAUUCAUAAUGAAGGAUAAUCUUAAGUGAAUUAAACUCUAGUUUUGUUCAAUCAAGCAACAUAAUUCUGCUCU